GUAGUGGGGUUCUGGGGCGCUGCUAUGGAGGGGUGUAGCGAGCCACAGCUGGAUGCUAAGGCCAAGGUCACCAACCAGCUAAUAGAUUUUCAGUGGAAGCUGGGUAUGGCUGUGAGCUCAGACAGCUGCAGAUCACUUAAGUAUCCUUACGUUGCAGUGAUGCUCAAAGUGGCAGAACAUUCAGGCCAAGUAAAGAGCAAGUCCUUCGAAAUGACAAUUCCACAGUUUCAGAAUUUCUACAGACAGUUCAAGGAAAUUGCUGCAGUUAUUGAAACUGUGUGAAAACUGAUUACUUUGUUGAUGAAUUGCUACCAUCAUUCUAAAAUCAUGAACUUUACUUUCUGCAACAAAACUGCCUAAGGAUCAAAUGAUAUUUAUUGAAUGAAAAUUAUACUUUUGAUUUUCCAUUUUUUUAAAUAAUAAAAAAGAAAAUCAGACAAACAGGAAUUACAAAGUGGUGAUCGCUGCACACUUUGUGAAUAUACUAAGAGCAACUGAAUUGGAAACUUUAAAGAGUGAAGAACUCUGUGGUAUGUGAAUUAUAUCUUAAUGAAAAAUAAAUCAGACAAACAGUUGAAUGAUAUUAAAAGCAGCACAAGUUUAUGUAUUAGACCAAUAGUUUUAAAAAAUACUGGUAAUGUUACCCAUUUUAUAAACAAACUCUUCCUUUUUGGCAUUCA